AUGAAGAUUUCAUCCUUCCUGUCCUUCUCGGGCGUUUUUGCCAUCGACUGGAUAGGGAUGCACGGAAAAGCUGUUGAAGAUGACUUGUGCGAUGGCUUGAGUGAUCCACUGCAAGAUCGCUUGUGUCGCAAAUUUUCGAAAAAUCACCAGACGAAAGGAUUUAUGGAAGCUAUCCACACAGCCACAAUCCAAACAACAAAUGCUUGUUCGUCAGCAAUGGCAAACAAACGCUGGAAUUGCGAAAGUCUCAAAUCUGCUCCCAAAUUCAAGCGAGACCUUCGAAAAGGCACCUCCGAAAGAGCCUACGUUCACGCCCUGUCCAGCGCCGCUGUCUCGAUCAACAUCGCCAAUCGUUGUGCCAGGGGCGACAUGGGAAUGUGCGGCUGCCGAUACCGACCGCAGGACGAGUACUUGGACCCUACGGUCUCGAAGCCAUGCGAGCACGACCUGAAAUGGGCGAACGAGUUUUCAAAACAGUGGACAGAUGCGCCCAUCCUUCGCUCCGACGCCAAGAAACGAUACCAGCGAAUGUUCACAGCUGACAAUAACGCUGGUCGAGAGGUAGCACUUCAAAGCAUGAAGACAGUUUGCAAGUGCCACGGCGUCUCCGGCAGCUGCACGGAGAAAACCUGCUGGAAAGUGUCACCCACGGUUGAACAGGUUGCGGAAUCUUUGAAGAAUCUUUACGAGAGCUCCGUCAGACUGCCAAAGCGACGACGAAACGACGAUUCUAACCGCGUCGAGCGAAGUUCAGUUCUGCAAAUGUACUAUGUCGACAAGUCAAAUGACUUCUGCGAGGCUGAUAGACGAUCUGGCUCUGCCGGAACAGCUGGAAGAACUUGUGAUCCGAACGCGUAUGGCGAGGGAUCUUGCGAUCAUCUCUGCUGUGGAAGAGGUCACAAAAAGGUCAUUGAGACGUCGAUCAACUACAAUUACAACUGUCGCUACGUUUGGUGCUGCAGGGUCGAGUGUGAUACGGUAGAAGAAACAACUAUAACGCAUGUAUGCAAAUAG